AUGCCGCCACAGGCGGCGAGUGACGAUGCUCCGGAGAAGAAGAGCCGCAGCAGGUCCCGCAGCACGGAAGCUAGGUUAGGGGGAGAAUCGGGAGACAAUGGUGACGGCAGUUCGGACUCAGCUGCCGUUGUUGCGGCAGCAGCAGCUGCUGCUGCCCGUGCUGCUGCGGCACGGAAAGCAGCAGCAGAUGAUGUGAACUCAACCUUAACCCGGCUUAUGCCGGCAGCAAGCAAAGUGAGGACGACUUACGCUCCCGUUAUGGCUCCUCAGGACGCUGCCGCGGCAGCAGCAGCUGCAGCAGAUGCUCGCACCAAGCUAGCACAGAGUCUAAAUGCAAUGUUCCAGCCGCCUCCCCCUUCUUCUCCACCGCCUGCUGCUCAACCAGGAGCGAAUGCGGGCGCCCCACUCCCACCCCCGGGAGCACCGCCAAAUGCCCUAGCGCCGCAACCCUCGGCUCGUGCAACCGUGCACUCUGAGUCCGAUCGCAUUGCGCGUCGUCUAUUUAUCAACAACAUCCCACCCGGAACAACUGAGGCCGACAUGUGUGGCUUCUUUAAUGGCGCUUUACUGGCGGUCAACGCGCAAACAGGUUUUACUGACCUGACUACUGCGAGUGACAAGCCACAUCUGCUGCCAGUGGAAAGGUGUGAGGGCCUCCAAGAGAAUGGCCGGUACUGUUUUAUAGACUUAAGGUCUCAUGAGUGGGUGGUUCUCUGCCUCAAGCUAGACGGCAUUACUUUCAAUAAUAAUUCUCUUCGGAUCAUGCGGCCCAAAGAAUAUGUACAGCCUCCCGGUGGCGACCCCGCAAAGACAGUCCACAUUCCAGAACUUGAAAGGAACCCAAGACCCCAAGAGAACGAAGUUCGCGCAACGGCACCUCCACGAAGUGCGGACUGCAAGCUGUACAUCCAGAACUUGCCGCAGGAGAUGGGAGAAGACCAGGUGCGCGAUUUGCUCGAACAGUUUGGAAAACUUCGAGUCCUUAACCUGAUUAAGAACAGGCAAACUGGGAAGCACCGUGGUUACGGCUUCUUCGAGUACGAAGACCCGGACGUAACGGAUCAGGCCAUAGAAUCUCUAAACGGGUUCGUCUGUGGCGCCGCCGUGCUCAGUGUCCAGCGGUCGAACUUCAUGCCCGACUUACUACCGAUCAAACAGCACACGACAGAGGUCACUUCUCUUCCGUCUUCCACUUCGUAUGCAGUACUUUCGGACCCAGUUGUCGCCAUCCAGGUUCGGGCUGGGCGAGCCAUAGGCGAGAAACCUUCGCGCGUUGUUCAACUCCUGAAUACGAUUUACCCCGAAGACGUGAUGACAGACGCGAGCCACGAAGCAGCAGUUAAAGACAUCCGUUCCGAGGCAGAGAAGUAUGGGCCUCUAGAGGAGGUUGUCAUUCCACGACCGAAUGCAGAUUUGUCGUACAAGCCAGGAGUGGGGAAGGUGUUCUUGGUUUAUGCGGACCUCACAUCUGCUCGGAGGGCGCAGUACAUGCUGAAUGGUCGACGUUUUGACCAGACUCGUGUUGUUUGCGCGGCGUUCUUCCCGGAACAAAGGUUUAAGGAAGGCCACUACACGUUGACGUGA